AUGAAAUCAGUUCGUUCAACGUCGUCGUUACAGGAAACCACAUUGGAAGUAAUGCCUGCUAUGGUUGAAUAUCUUGGAAUGAAGAACAUUGAAGGAAUCAAUGUGAUGAAUAUUAUCCAACAUGAUAAUCGUAUAACGGUUGUAUCCACAUAUACCAAAACAGUGCUUAUACUUGUUACAGUACAAAUAUCAGUAUCAUUUGUCAUCAUAAUGCUCUCGUCAUUACUUAAGAUGAUUGUUCAAGAAUCCGGACAAUGGAUAGCGUUCACUAUUGCUGGUUUAAUAAUUUUAAUUGCAUCUGUGAUAGCCCUUUUGAUUGCUUUCGUGAAGAAGAUAAAUGAGAACUAUCCACUGAAUGUCGCACUUGUAAUUAUUUAUUAUUAUACGAUCGGUGUUCUCAUAGGUACACAAAUAUUAAUGUUCAUCGUAACAAUAUUUCUAAGUUACUCAACUGUUGGCAAAUCAAGAUAUCUUUUCUUUUAUCCAAAUUAUGCAUUGGCAUCUAUAUUUUUAUAUACCGUAUUCUUUUUAACUUCAUCAAUCAAUACGGAUAUCAUUAAUGCCAACAAGACCAAUAGUUCUAUAUUCCAGUUCCAAAUAACAGAACAUUGA